CCCAAUUACUAAUAUUUUGCAUAAAAUAAAAAAAUAUAUAAACAAAUAUUUUCCCACAACUACCAGCAUUUUCAUUAAACACCAUCAUUAUAGAAAGUAAAUUAGUAAUCUGGUUUUAAAACAAAAAACUGUUCUAAAUGUAACAUACAUAAAUGCAAAUACUUAAAGCCCACCCUCCAGAAAAAAAUAAAAAUAUUUUUGAAUAACUAAAAAUGAAUUAAUUGAAAACGCCUCCUUUGUUUUUAGAUAUGUAUGAAAAAGUAUUAUUCUACGGAGCCCCUGAAGGGAUACAAAAAAAAGAGAGAAAGAAAAAAACCUGAAACUUCAGUUCGUUUCUCUGGCGCCCUCUGCUGGUGCGGCAGGCAAAGUACAGGGGGGAGGAGUCGCAGGACAGCUUUAUAAACCUCGAUCUUCUAAUAAACCAGUCCAGACUCAGUGAUUUGUGUCUAUACUGUUCGUUCAAAUAUUUACCGACAGCCGCCUGAGCGCGUGACUCCACCGCGCGUCCACCGGAAAGCCCUCGUGCGCUGUUGACGGUAUUUUUUACCAUAAAAAAAAACGCGCAACCGCUGGAUCUACUCUCUGCACCGCAUCUGCGCACCAACUGCAGGCUUUGAAAACUGCAGAAACGCCUCGCCUCAAACAUGCCGUUCUCCGUUAACGGCAUCCUCGGGACGCUGGCGCUGCUGCUGCUGCUGUGGCGGCCGGAGGAGCAGGCGGAGGCGUGCAGCUGCGCCCCCGUCCAUCCGCAGGAAGCCUUCUGCCACGCCGAUGUGGUGAUUCGUGCCAAAGUGGUUGGAGAAAGAGAGGUGAUCUCUGGGAACGACAUCUAUGGAAACCCCAUCAAGAGGAUCCAGUAUGAUAUCAAACAAAUCAAGAUGUUCAAGGGGCCCAACCAGGACAUCGAGGCCGUCUUCACUGCUCCGGUUUCUGCCGUCUGCGGCGUUACCCUGGAUGCCACCGGAAAGAAAGAGUACCUGAUCUCAGGCAAGGCGGAGGCCGACGGGAGCAUGCACGUGACCCUGUGCGAUUACAUCAUGCUGUGGGACUCCUUGAGCGCCACUCAGAAGAAGAGCCUCAGCCAUCGCUACCAGAUGGGCUGUGACUGCAAGAUCGUCCGCUGUCCUUCCCUCCCCUGCUCGAUUUCGGCUCCGGAGGAGUGUCUGUGGACGGACCUGAUGAUUGAGAAGCAGGUGCACGGACGCCAGGCCAACCACUACGCCUGCGUCAAGAGGGCGGACGGCUCCUGCUCCUGGUACCGCGGUGUCGCACCACCAAAGAAAGAGUUCUUGGACGCUGAGGACCCUUAGUUCCAUUCAGCCAAAUAAACACACAGCCUGACGGAAAAAUGUAAUUGAAAUUUCAAAAUAAAACAUCAGGAAAAAGGUUUUUGAUAUUGGAGACACAAAUUAAAUUACCAAACGGUCUGAAAAUAAUCAGCAUGAACGUCAAAAGAAAUGACUCACUGACUCUUUUCAGAUAAAAAAAUUGAAAUGCAUCAUGAGACAUAGACUGGUCGAGUGAUGAUGUAGUUCCUUCUGAGGCUGGCGUCAGAAGAAUAUACAUUUCCGACGAGACAGAGCACUUCCUGCCCAAUAAAGCUGCUUAGCAGCUCUGCUCCACUCCAACCUGCCAUCUUCAGAUGAUUAUUUGUUAUCCAUCGUCUCUUAUUACCUCAUUCUGUUCUCUUCCAAAGCCAAUUUCCAAGUUGCCUUCUUUCUUUUCUUUUUUGCUUAUCACCCACAAAGUUUUUCAUAAUCUCAGCUCAGCCACAGCUGACGACAGACGCCCACAGCCUGCUUUCUUCAAAAAAACAGAAAAACCGUGAAUCAUCUGAUGCUUCGUUAGAUGAGAGUCUUCCUUGUAGCAAUUGAAUCUGAAGCCUUUGGCCGUCCCAGGCCUCACUGGACCAGUCUAUGCAUCAUGAAGACGCACGGUCCACAAUGAAGGCAAAACGACUCCCACAAAUCUUCAUUCUCCAGAUCAUCUUAGUGUUAUGUAGCUGUACAGUUCCUAUGCAUAUACUUUUGUUGUUUAAUGAGGAUUAAUACUUACUGCAUUAGAGCUAGAUUUGCACUUUUUUUAACUUUAGAGAAGACAGGACCCUUUUUGUGGUAGUUCACACAGACUGGUGGAUCCACUUCAUUGUCUUUGUGCUCUUAGGAUCCACUCUCGAUGUGUUCGUCGGAACAAAGGAAAGAAAAGGUGGAAUGAGAGUUUAAAGGGAUCUUUUUUUGUGCAAGAAGGGUGAAGUUUUAGUGUCUUUACGUUGAUUGUAAAUGCAAACAGCAGUUUUUUUUGUUUUUUUAUGCUUCUAGCCGAUGGUUUGUUCCACGAUUAAGACUUUAAUCGCUUCAUGUUGGCUUCGCCUCCGAGCUAUUAAAAGAAAGCUUUACUGCUGUCCUAGUUAGCCAGUUACUCAAGUUUACAGUGCUGUUUUAUACACCCGAAGCUACACUAACUGAAACAUAUAUAUGAUGGAGUAUUAGAGGCAUAAUUUAAAAGCAAAAUCCUUCCAGUUUAACAUUUUUUCAGUGUUAUUAUUGUAAUACAGUCAAUGAUUUUUGUGUGUGUUCGCGGUCUUUGUCCAUAAUUUUUUGAGCUGUUGUUUUGAGAGGGCCCCUCUUGCGCUGGAAUAACGUGAGAGAGAGAAUGACGAGUCCUUUUGUGAAGAGAGAGACAGGAAAUCGUUACCUGGUGUGGAGAGAGGACUGUGCAUGUGUUUGAUGCUUUGUGUAAGUCCUGGCGAAGGACAAAAUAUUCAGUAUUAUCAAAUAAAAGAACCAAAAUUUGAA